AUGAGAAACACUGGCCUUACAAUUCCCAUAGUAGAGGUCAGAUCAGGCUGCCCCGACUGGUUCCCGUCUUUAGCGUACGCCAUCGGUUCGUGGAACCAUGUGGCAAUGGUCCGAGACAAGCAGAAGUUGCGCCUCCGCUUAGUUAUUGCAUCGAACUGCUAA